CUCACAGUUAGUAUACUUUGACAAUGGCAGAUAUCAAGCAACAGAAGGCCUACCGAGCCUGGCCCACCGACCCUCCUACUUACACCGCGGCCAACAACGAGCAGAUGCGAAAUAUCACCCAGAACAAGGAUUGGCAUUAUUCGCUCUGUGACUUUUGCUCCCCAGGCUCGUUAUGCCUAAUGAGCUGGUGUCUUCCAUGUCUCACUUUCGGAAAGACGCAAGCGCGAGCUCACGAUCCCACCCUCCAAAACUUCAGCUACAUCAACACUGACUGCGCAGUCUUCACCUGUCUCGGCCUCGGCCUCUCCCAAUGGAUCAUCCAGACUAUCCGGCGAGGCGAGAUGCGCGAGCGAUUCGGCAUCGCGGGCUCGUGCUGCGGCGACUGCUGCACAACCAUGUGCUGCGGGUGCUGUGCGCUCAUCCAGGAGGAGAAGGAGAUGGAGCUGCGCACGAGGCCGGAGUUCGCGGGGUACCAGCCGGCGCGGCAGAUGGCGUACUCGGCCUCGGGUUGA